GUGGUCCCUCCCCCAGAGCUAUUCCUGGCCUGGGUGCCUCCCCACCCGCAGUCCUCAGCUUGACCUGACCCCACAGCUGGGAAUCGUUUGCUGGGGGUGGGGCAGCCCUGACUAUAUAAGCCUGGACGUAGGUGUCCCAGGCACCCUGGAGGUCCAGCCUCUUAACUGCUGACCCCUGACUCCAGCUUGAUCCCCUGCCAGUCCAACUGUGAUGGAACAAACCACCUCUGAGGCUCCUGCCUGUGGUCCAGAGGAGACUGCAUCUGAAUCUGCCAAUGUGCCCGUCACAGAGCCUCCUGGAGAAGGGGCAGCAUCAGAGUCCCCCGGGGAAGAGCAGACUCCCAAGCCACAGGAGCCUGCCUCUCAGGCCCCUGCAGCCCCUGUAGCUGCUAAGCCUGUACCCACAAGUGAAGACAUCCCCAGUGCCCCACUGAUGCUGACCCUGGAGGAUGUGACCCACAGCUCUGUGACUGUGAGCUGGGAGCCCCCUGAGAGGCUAGGGAGGCUGGGCCUCCAGGGCUAUGUGUUGGAGCUCUGCCGAGAGGGAGCCUCAGAAUGGGUGCCUGUGAAUGCCCGGCCCAUGAUGGUGACCCAGCAGACUGUGCGGAACCUGACUCUAGGAGACAAGUUCCUCCUGCGUGUGUCGGCGCUGAGCUCUGCAGGGGCCAGCCCACCAGCCACGCUGGAACAGCCUGUCCACAUCCGAGAGAUUGUUGAGGCCCCCAAGAUCCGUGUCCCCCGCCACCUUCGUCAAACCUACAUCCGCCAGGUGGGAGAGGCAGUCAACCUGCAAAUCCCCUUCCAGUCUGCAGACAGCCAGAAGGGCACCCAGCACAGGCUGAACACCCAGGGGAUGUGGCUCUGGGCAGCACCUAUGGCCCCAGCUGCUGUGCUGAGAGGGGUCAGAGGGGCAGGCUCCAGAGAGCCCUGGAAUCAAGCAGGUAUAGGGUGCCAGCACCUCCCUGCACUCACCCUGAGGGCUCCUCCCUGUCAGGGGAAGCCCAAGCCUCAGGCCUUAUGGACCCACAAUGGCCAUGCCCUGGACAGCCAGCGGGUGAGCGUGCGCACCGGGGACCAGGACUCCAUCCUCUUCAUCCGCUCUGCCCAGCGCUCUGACUCGGGUUGCUACGAGCUCACCGUGCAGCUGGAAGGCCUAGAGGCCAAGGCAGCCAUUGACAUCCUGGUGAUUGAGAAACCUGGAGCCCCCAGCAGCAUCAGGCUACUGGAUGUGUGGGGCUGCAAUGCUGCCCUAGAGUGGACACCUCCCAAGGACACAGGCAACACGGAGCUCCUGGGCUACACGGUGCAGAAGGCGGACAAAAAGACAAGGCAAUGGUUCACAGUACUGGAGCACUACCACUCCACCACCUGCACCAUCUCCGACCUCAUUAUCGGCAACUCGUACUCCUUCCGGGUCUUCUCAGAAAACCUGUGUGGACUCAGUGCCUCAGCUGCCGUCACCAAGGAGCUCGCCCAUAUCCAGAAGGCAGAUAUUGCUGCCAAACCUAAAGGGUUUAUUGAAAGAGACUUCUUGGAAGCCCCCUCAUUCACCCAGCCCCUGGCUGACCACACAUCCACCCCUGGCUACAGCACUCAGCUGUUCUGCAGUGUCCGAGCUUCACCCAAGCCCAAGAUCAUCUGGAUGAAAAACAACAUGGAGAUCCAGGGCAAUCCCCGAUACCGCACCCUCUCUGAUCAAGGCAUCUGCACCCUGGAGAUCCGGAAACCCAGCUCCUUUGAUUCUGGUAUCUACACCUGCAAGGCCGUCAAUGUGCUGGGGGAGGCAUCUGUGGACUGCCGGCUGGACGUCAAAGCCUCAGCCACUCACUGACAAGCUGCGGAGGAUGCUGGGAUGAGGAGACAGGUGCUGCAAGCCUGAGAGCUCAGGUGCCCUAGGCCCAGAAUCAAACUCUACAUAUGCCCAAGACUCCCAUUUCCAUAGCAACGGCUGAUGGAACUGGUCCUGGUGCCUGCUGGCUUCCCACCCCCAGAGGCUGGAGUCCAGAACUCAAGAGUGGGCCUGGCAGGUCCCAGCCACACUUCUUGGGCUCCAGGGGGCUUGGAAGGUGCAGAGAGGGGAGCACCUGCAGAGUUGUGUGCUGGGUGAGAAGCACUCAAAUAAAGGUGUGUGGUGUUACA